AUGGAAGCUAUCGUCAAAAAUGUACUAUGUCCGUUCGCUAUUGAAAAAGCAGUAAUAAAACUCAAAUGUCCUACUCCUAUUCCCUUUUCUAUAUCUACAGACGCUUCAAAUAAGGGAAAUAGAAAAUUUUUUCCAUUAGCGGUUAGGUUAUUUAAUUUUGAAGACGGAGUGAAAGAUUACCUUUUAGACUUUUACGAGGAACCAAACGAAUCUUCACAGUCAAUUUUUGACACGAUUACUUCUGCAAUUGAAUCUCUUGGCUUAGAUAUAAAAAAUAUAACAGCUUUUGGUGCCGAUAAUGCCUCUGUUAAUUAUGGAAAACAUUGUUCGGUCUUCGAAAAAUUAAAAAAUAAAAAAUCCAAUAUAAUUAAAGCUAAUUGUAACUGUCAUGUGAUUCAUAACGCAGCAAAGCAUUCCAUGAAAGUUAUAAAAUACGAUGUAGAAACGUUGGUAUUAAAAGUUUUUAAUGAAUUUUCUAUGAGCUCCAAAAGAGUAGAUGAACUUAAAUAA